AUGGGGUCACGGACGAAUGAACGUAGAGCUUAUAUCGAACAAGCAGUAAGAUAUGGCUCGUGGACCGAAGCGACAUUUAAAGCGCCUUGCAGCGCCGAAACAUUGGAUGUUGGACAAACUUGGAGGAUGAGUCGGACAGGUUCAGUUCUCUUGUGGGGGAGAAAGAAAAUUGAGAUGCAGCAGUUAAUGAUGAAGUCAAUGGAAUUACCGUUUGAUACAAACAUGAUAUGUGUUUUUGCCCCCAGACCACGGUGCGGACCACAUAAAUUGCGUGAAUCGCUUCCGCUGAUAUUGUUUUUGCGUAAUCGGUUGAAGUAUGCACUGACAUAUAAUGAGGCGCGCAUGAUUUGCAAGCAACGUCUGAUAAAAGUUGAUGGCAAAGUGCGAACGGAUAUGCGCUUUCCUGCAGGAUUCAUGGAUGUAAUCAGAAUCGACAGGACAAACGAAACUUUUCGACUGUUGUAUGAUGCUAAAGGACGCUAUGCUACCCACCGUAUCACAGAGCAAGAGGGAAAUUUCAAACUAUGCAAAAUAGUGAAAAAAUGUGUCGGACCAAAAGGCGUGCCUUUUAUUGUCACCCAUGAUGCUCGAACUAUUCGUUAUCCUGACCCUCAUGUUAAAGUAAAUGACACAAUAGUGAUAGAUAUUGCAACUGGUAAAAUGACUGAUUACGUCAAAUUUGAUCAGGGUAAUUUGUGUAUGGUAACAGGAGGACGUAACAUGGGUCGUGUGGGUAUUGUUGGACAUCGUGAAAAGCACCCGGGCUCAUUUGACAUUGUGCACAUUAAAGAUGCUGCCGGACAUUCGUUCGCUACUCGGUUAAAUAACGUAUUUAUUAUUGGAAAAGGAACGAAAUCUAUGGUAAGUUUACCGGGACCGACGAAGGGUGUCCGUUUGACUAUUGCCGAAGAACGAGAUCGUCGACUUGCCCAGAAAAGAGCUGCUUAA